AUGUCCGCCUACCUAUCGGCAGCCCACCAACUCCUUCAAAAAUUCCAAGCGUACUUGAUUCGGCAGAUACCCAAGACGGAAAACAGCCAUGCCGAUAAGCUAUCUCGAUUAGCCUCAGCAAUAAACAACAAAAUUGGGAGGAAGGUGCCAGUAGAAAUCUUGUCUCAGCCAAGCACGAUAACCACUGAAGUAUGUACCGUACGGAACGAGAGCACGUGGAUGUCCCUAAUCUACGCAUACCUAAUGAAUGAUACCCUACCCCAAGACAAGUCUGAAGCAUGCAAGCUACGCUACCGAUCGGCAAGAUACACAGUCAUCAACGAUGUCCUGUACAAACGAGGCUACACCACGCCGUAUCUGAAAUGCCUCACCGCAGAGCAGGGGGACUACAUCCUUCGGGAGAUACAUAGUGGCGUAUGUGGUGACCACUCGGGGUCCCGAUCGCUGGCACACAAGGUUUUCCGGCAAGGGUAUUACUGGCCGACCAUGCACCAAGAUGCGAGUGCCCUAGUGAAGAAAUGCGACAAAUGUCAGCGGUUCGGCAACGUGCCUCACAUCCCUGCCGAACCCUUAACAUCGAUCGUAAGCCCGUGGCCUUUCGCACAGUGGGGACUAGACUUGAUAGGUCCAAUGCCGCAGGGCAAAGGUUAG